AGCCCUGGUGUGCGUGCGUAGAAGUUUUAUUUAGCGUUAGAAUGUAAAAUAUGUCCAAAGAAAUUAAACGGAAUCCUGACUUGUUUCAACUUCCAGCUUUCGAGGUAUUUUUUGGUGUAUACUAAACAUGCUAAAAUGGCUUUACUUGGUGAAAUAUAUUGUAAUAGAAAGAAAAGAUUAAAACUGAUAACAAUCAAUGCAUGAUCAGAUAAGUAUAUAUUCCCAUUCUCUCUAUUAUGAUAUAUAAUUGUGAUUGAAAGCUGAGGAAAUUCGAGCCUCUUCAAAAUGAAUUAAAUCAAUAAUGUUAAAACCAGUAUCUCUACCUGCUCUGUAAUAUUUUGUCACGUGCGUCUUUAUUAUUUUUAAAUUUGAUUGCAAAGAUAAAUUUCUUUCUUUUUAGAUUUGAGUAAAAUUAUUAUUAAGGUAGUUAAAUGAAAAAAAUAUGUCUCAUUCUUACCAUUAUAUUAUAUGGACAUGAAUUGUUUAAUAGAUGUAUUUUAUGUAUUUACAAUUUUGUGUGUUUCCAUUUGUAUUAAAAUUCAUAACAUUGUCGAUGAAGUCAAUGCAGUCAUUCUUGUGUGAAAAGAGAGAAUUUGAGAAAAAUGAUUGGUUUUGUGAAGUCCAAUUUAGUAUCAUUAAACAAAGAAGAAAAACUUAGAUCAAAGGAUCACAACUUCAGAGCAAGGAUACCAGAUUAAACAUUUCAUCUUUAGACAUGUGAAAUAUUAAAAAAAAUGUGAAGGAAAGCACAGCAGAUUCCACAACAACCAUCCAUAACAAUGUCAGAUCAUAACCAUAAAGGAGGCCUAUAUCGCUGGAAAAGGCAAACUGACAAUAAAGUUUAUUCCAGGUCUCAAAAAGUGGCAACAACCUCAGACAUUCAAAAUUGGAUCCAGAAAGUGGAGGAUGCCUCGAACAGAGCAGCAGAAAGUGUUUUCCAGGGAAAACCUUCCAGAGGGCAUUCUGGAAAACGUGUUGCAGCACUGCAGACUCUGGAUCAACUGAGAGAACAUGACACAGCCCUCACAGAGGCACAGGAUCUUUUGUCCCAGUGGAUGGAAGAGAAAGUUAAUUUGAAUGUGGAAGAUGGUGAGGAUGAUGCAUAUGCAAAUGAUGCAUUGUAUCAGAGGACACUUGAAUCUAAGGUGAAGAAGGAAUGGGAUCACUUAUUGGAUAAUAAUGGUGAACCUGUUGAUAUGCCGAGGAAAAUGAAGGAGGACAAGUCUGAUCCUUAUGCAUAUCUGGACAAAAUGGAUGAAAAAGAAGCUGUGGACUCGAUCAUUGAACAUAUGCUGAACAAAAAGCUUGUGAAAGAUGCAUUUACAGAGGACCUUGGUUUGGAUGAGAUGUCUAUGUACAAGGAUCCAAGAACUAAAAUGGAGCUUAGGCAUAAACAGGUUAAAGAAAAUCGUGAGAAGAGGGAGAGAGAAUUAGAGAUGAAGAGGAGAGCACAUCAGUCCAAGAAGACAGCUCAGAAUCAUGCUAAACUUUUGAUUAUGAAGGAGGAAAAGGACAAGAUGACUAGAGCAAGACAGGAGGAAAUGGCCAUAAAAAAGGAAAUGGCUCGGAUCAGGAAAGAAAUGCAGGAGGAAAGAAAGAAACAUAAAGAAGCAAAGAAAAGUGAAGAGACGGAGAAGAAAACUAUCAUUUCAGAGGCCAAACUUCUGGUGGAUCAGGAGCGGGAGGAAGAGUUAGCAGAGAGAUUGCAAAAGCAGCUAGAAAUUGAAGAACGACAGAGGGUAUUAAUACAGAAAAUGGAGGAGAUGGAGAUUCGCAAAAAAGCUAAUGAGAUGAAAAUUUUACACAACUGUUUCAAGGCUUGGUACAAUAUUGCUCUAGAAAGAAGAUUACAAAUGGGAAAGGCAAGAGCUCUCUUUGAUUGGAAGUUACUCUUACGAACAUGGAAUGCGUGGAGGUCUGUUGUGCGGUCUAAAAGACUUGAGUUGGAGGCCAAGCAGCAUGAAAUUGACAUUAUCAAAACUCACAGAAAUAAUCAAAUAGCAGAGAAUCACCAUAAAUGUGCCAUUUUAAGAAAGUACUUCAUGGCCUGGCAAGUGUGGGUUCAACAGGAGCAGGAGAGAAAAGAAAUGAAAAACAUGCAGGAAGAAACCAAAAAGAAGAUGGCAGUGUUUCUAGAGGCUGCCUCCGAAGGUAAACUCUGGAAAGAUGGUCAUGAUGAUGAAAGUGUUACUGAAGAGGUCCAGAGAGUUUCCUCCGUAAAUGUAGAUGACUUUUUCAAAUCUCAACCUAAACGGCCUUCCUCUUCGUUAAGUACUGUGUCCUCUAACACUAGUGUCUCCCAAAAACAGAAAAGGUCACCUCCGAAUAGAAUCCCAACACAGGCAUGGCAAGUGACCAGGAAACACUUGAAUCUGACCCCAGAGGAGAUAGCAAAGUUAGGGGGAGGAGAACCAAUGGAUGAGCAGGAAAAACCAACAGAUUUACAAGUUAGAAAGAGGUUUGGUACUCAACCAUGGAUGAACACAAAGUACAUUACAAAUAACUUUGAAAACCGACACAAAGCUCAAGAGAAAAUUAUAAAAGAUCAACAAAAGCAGCUGCAUGAGCAAAAAAGAAUGAUCGAGGAGCUGAAGUUUACUAAACAAAAACAAUUACUUCAGCAACAGGCUGACACUCAGAAAGAAAUUCAAAAUCUGAUUGAUAAAGAACCCAUAUCAGAGAGUGUGUUGAAGGAGAGAGGAUGGUUAUCAGAUCAGGCCACUGUGAAGAGAGAGGAGACAAAUAAAGGUGUUAAAAUUAAAGAACAUUCCAGCGAUCCACCAUUAACAGACAGGUCGUCUGCUACUGAAGGCGACAGAACAAGUAGAACAAAUGUGUCCUCAACCACUGCUGAAUCCAAUAGUAAAUACCUAGCCUUGCAGAAAAAGAUGGAUGAGAGAGCAGAAGAGAGGGCAAGGAAGAAGAAGGAAAGGGAAGAGAAACGAAGGCAGAUGGAGGAAGAGAAGCUAGAGAGGCUCAAAGCUGAAGAGGAAGAACUUAUUAAAAAAGAACAAGAGGAGAAAAAGGCUAGAAUUGCAGCUCUUCAGGAGAAAAAGAGACAGGAAAAAUUACGGGAACAAAAGAAAAUUGAACAUGAGGAGAAGAUGAAGCAUCUUAGUGCAUUGGCAGAGCGGCAUUAUCUAAAGUCUUUGAUGAAGUACAAAGGCAUGCUUAGAUUCAAGAAGUUGGUGGAGAUGUCCAGGCAGAAUGAAGUCAAGGCAGUGAAGCACUGGAAGGAGUGUUUGAAAAGGAAAGCUCUGAUACAGUGGAAGGACAAUGUAAAGGAGAUCCAGCUACAAAAAGAGAAAAUGGCGGACAAUAUGUUCCAGUAUUUGUUGAUCAAGCGGUGCUUUAGAAACUGGACACUUGUGAAGAAUCAUGUGGAGAUCCUUGAAGGUAGAGCAAAACGUUAUUUCAAUCGGAAUCAGAAGAACAAGAUUUUUGUUACGUGGAGGGAAUGGGCCAAGCAAGAAAAAAUAGACAAUGUGGAGAAAGAGAGAAGAGCCAGGGAGCAUUGUGUGUGGAGCUUGAAAUCCAAGUAUUUUCACAAGUGGAAAAGGCAUCCAGAGGAACUGAAGAAGGAGAAGGCGAGAGAGAAGCGAAGGAAAGAGAUGCGGCUAACUGUGGCUGCUCUCUUACCGGACUAUGAGGGAUCCAACAAGAAAAGUCACAAUCUGGAUGAUUGAAAACUAGUGAUGUUGUGAUAAUCAGUUUUAUUUUUUGCUCAAUUGUUAAUUAUAUUUCUAAUUUAUUAAAUAUUGUAUUUUGUUGCAAUAGUAAGACUUGUAUACACAUAUAAACAGAUGUUAAAUUUUUACAUCAAAUUUUUGGGGAAGAAUCUUCUUAUGUCUGUGCUACGUGAAUAAAUGUACAAGUAGUUGUGCCUUACAUGGCAGAAAAAGUAGUAUAAGAGCAUUUAAAUGGGUCUUUCAGUAUAAUAUGACAAGUACAAGAAGUUGGACCUUGAACAUCAUACUGCUGUUGAAAUUUGUCAAGAAUAAUGAUAUACAGGCCUGUACAUCUGAUUAUGAUUAAAUGUAAAAUGCCCCAGUUUGCUCUGACUGCAAUUAAGCAGAUCAUUUUGAAAUUAUACAGUUGUGUACUUAUUUGAUAUUAAAUAAAGUUUAUUUUGCUAUGAAAUGCUAAACAUUUUCCAAGAAAUUGCUUAUUUCUCAAAAGUGUAUGUACUGUAAUGAAAGGGGAACAACUCUUCAUUCCAUGAAUUUGACUUGCUACAUUCAAUGACUUGAAUGAAAAUAAAAAUGAUUGGAACAUGA